AUGAAGUGUUUUACAUCGAUUGUGGCAGUUUUUGCCAUUUUGGCUAGUUUAAGUAGUUUGCAUUUGGCCCAAGGAACGACUCCAACAAGUCCCACAACUCCAACAAGUCCCACAACUCCAACAAGUCCUACAACUCCAACAAGUCCCACAACUCCAACAAGUCCUACAACUCCAACAAGUCCUACAACACCUACCUCUCCUACAACUCCCACAACCCCCCCAGCUGCACCACCACCACCAGCACCCGUUGCUCCACCACCAGCAGCAUUUGGAUGA